UGUUAAAGCGAAAAUAAACACGAAAACCCUGACCUAAUCGAAUAAUUUAUUAAUACUUAAAUCCAAUUAAUAGUCUUAUUCAUUUGCAUUCGUCGAUAUUUCGUUGAAGCGCAACACAAGUUUUGAACUAUCGUACAACUUUGGUUGCAUACGUAACCGUCAAACUUGAUCAUAACCUAAAUUAUUGAAGUUAAAAAUGGACCGAACAAACGAUGAAAAUCCGCAACAGGCCUUCCCCAAUCCAAAAUCGCAAAGGCAAGCUUAUCAGUUCAAUGCGGAGGAGAUGAGGGUUGUUAGGGAGUGCAACAGGGAAAGCUUCCUGCAACGUUGCCUCCCUCUCGGAACCAUCUUUGGAGUCAGCUCUUACAUGGCCAUCAAGCAAGGUUACUUUCGGCCAAGCCCCAGGUUCGGGGCAGCUCCCAAAGUAACAAUAGCCGUGGUUGUGGGCUAUUUCAUGGGAAAGUUCUCUUAUCAGCAGAAAUGCGCUGAAAAACUUAUGCAGCUGCCCAACAGUCCCAUUGGUGAAAUGUUGAGGCAACGUAGGAAAGGUUUUAUUAAGGAAACUUUAGAGCCAGGUUUCGGGCCGGGCAUGACGCUUGCACCGUUCUCCGAUAUGGGAUCAGCGGAUAAAUACACUGAUCUUGAUCCGAGAAACUCGCUCGAUAUGGACACAUCGAGGCCAGAAUACAAUGGGUUGGACGAUAAUCACAGGCCGUCUGUUGAUAAUCCAGUUUCGGAGGAGGAUAUGCCUCCAAUGCAGAAGAAUGUUACGAGUUACGAUGAGUUGCGGAAACGAAAUCGGGACGAUUAUCAACAGAGAAGAGUAUCUGGGUACACUAGAGCCCCGGAAGCUCCUAGGGCGAGCAACGAAAUGUUGCAGCCGCCAGUUAGGGACGAGGAACCACCGCAGAGAACCAACAAAUACGGAGAUGCCUUGAUUUAAUUAUUUUAAUGAAAGUAGUUAGUUAUUUUUUUUUUAGGAAUUAUAAAUUGUUAUU